AUGUCGGACGAGAAGAAGACAAUCCGGCGACAGUGCGCCACGAUAGAGAUAGCACCCGAAGGAGAUGUAAUUCUCGAAGUCGAGUCUCCUACGGGCACAGCAAGAUUCCGAGUGCUAUCCUCAGUGCUCUGUCUAGCCUCUCCCGUAUUCCGUGUGAUGCUGGGCCGGAACUCGAACUUCAAAGAAGCAUGCGAGUUGCGGAACUCAGACAGCGCGCCCUAUGUCGUACCUCUUGACGAGUCGGACCCAGGAGCUCUGGCUGUCAUUCUAAAUGUGUUUCAUCUGCGGAACGACCAUGUACCAAAAACGGUUUCGUUUGCGAACUUGUACAAGCUUGCUGUGAUCUGUGAUAAGUACGAUUGUGCAACGGCCGUGGCGUUGUGGGUGCCGAUAUGGACGGGUGGAUCGAUAUCUAGUGUUUUGCAGCCCGGGAAUGGGAAGUGGUUGUUUAUUGCGUGGGCGCUGAAGAUUGAGCAUAUCUUUGCGGAGGUCUCAAAGAAAAUCGUCUUGGAGGGCUUUUAUUCUGACCCUAAUAGCGCUCUCUUGACUACCGGAGGGUUCCCAGCUGUAGACACUGAUACUCCCGAGGUUGUAGUUGAGGAGAUAAUCCAGAGGAGGAAACAAACCAUCAGGUCGAUGCUAAACGUAGCAACAUCCUUCUUACAACGAUAUUAUCAUAACCCUGGUGACAAGCCUCGAUGUCGACACCUAGUCCGCUCGGAUCAAUGUGACAUGAUGAUCCUCGGAUCUCUAAUCAAGGUCUUUCAGUCCAUGAAGAUCAUCCCCCCAGGUUUCGGGACUCCCUACAAGCAAGAAGAGAUGUGGUUGGAGAGCGUCACGUCGCUAGACGCUGCGCUACGGGGCUUCCAGCUCCAUUUCCUCCAGGUUGUUCGAGAUAAGCCGUGCAAGCCAAACCACUACGACAACACCAAGUGUUAUAUCCACGGGGCUGUGCUGAAGUGCGGAGACCACACCAAGUGUAGUUUCUUGCCCGAGUUCUAUAUGGGGUUGGAUAGCAUAAAGUCGGGAGUGCAGGGGCUGAGCUUGUAUGACUUCAAGUCACGCCAGAUGCCGCCCAAGGGAGAGUCACAAGGCGGGGCACCGUGGGAAACUUUUCAGUUCAUGGAAAUCUAA